CUCUGCAUUGAUUCCACUAUGAAAGGAGAGUGUGUCACCAGUCGUCAUACUACAGAAGGAUUGAAGCCUCACGGCACAUACUGAAGUCACACAGGCUUGGAGAGAGAAACUGAAUCAGCACUUCACGUCACACACUGACAGACAGACUGCUCGCUUCAGAGAGAGACUCUUUACUUAACCAGCAUCUCUUCAUUUUCUCAAUACCUCUUGAGAUGCAGCGCCAUAGUAUCCAAAAUCUUCCCAGCCACCGGAAAGAUGAGAAGCUUGAUAUGCUGAACCUCAACCAGCGCCUGGAGACCUACUUGGGCCGCGUGGGGCUGCUAGAGGAGGAGAAUGAGCUGCUACGCCGGGAGAUCCAGACCCUGAAAGGCAGCAGCCAGGGGGGGCAGAUGGGUCUGGAUGGCAACUUGAGGCUGGCCAGGCAGGAAGUGCACGAAGCCUGGAGGGAGAAGGACCGGGUAGAGCUGGAGCUAGGGAGCCUGGGUGAGGAGCUCCAAACCCUGGGGCUGCAGAGGCAGUGGGUGGCUGAUGCCCAUGGGGAGGUGAAGAAGAAGUUGGAGGAGAGCAGGAAGCAGAUGGAAGAGGAGAAGAGGGCUCAGGUCUGGCUUAGAGGGAAGGUGAACCAACUAGAGGAACAAAUCCAGUUCCAGAUACAAACCCACCAGGAGGAUGUUGCCAACUUAAAAGACACACUAAUCCAUGUCACACCUCCACCACCAACCCAUAGCGGCACCCAGCUGCCCAACCUCCAGGAGCUGGGUGUGGAGUACUCCCAGAUGGCGGUCAGGGUGUGGCAGGAGGCGGCUGUGCUGUAUCAGGGCCAGGUAGAUAGUCUGGAGAGGUCUCUAAGCCAAGCCAGGAACCGCCUGGUCCAGGUUGGCCAGGAGAAGACUGAGAGCCUACUGCAACUUCAGGCGCUGGAGAAGGAGCUGACAUCAGCCCAGGAAAGACGACACUAUCUAGAGAGGAGUGUGUCCCAACGGGAUGACAAGCAGAGGCAGGAGAUCCAAAACCUGCAGGCCCAUCUAGAGGUGUUGGAAAUGGAGAAGGAUGCGCUGGGAGACCAGAUUGAUGGUCUCCUGAUAGAAAGUCAGGGUCUCCUACAGUUGAAGAUGUCUCUAGGCAUGGAGGUGGCCACAUACAGAGCAUUACUCGACAAUGAAAAUUUGAAGGGAAAUUUCUCUUCAACCAGUCACCGAAGAAGAAUAUCCAUACCUGGUGGAGUGCAUAGCCCUCGAGGUGUAAAGCAAAGCUUCCAGACCCAGGUGGCCACUGGCCACAGGAUCAAUUCUGCCUCUACCAUCCAUGGAAUGAGGACACACUCCAAGUCAACAAUGUAUUCAUCACCAAUCGCUCCAAAUUGUGUAACUGUAAAUAAAACACCUGAGAGAUCUGAAAUGACUGAGGAACAGCCUGUUAACUUUAACAUAGAGGCCAAACAGCAGCCAUGUUGGGCAACACCUUACCCCAAAGUACCACAGAAUGGAAUUGCUGUCGACUACUUCAGACCCCAGGAUGUCAAUGAAGAAGUCAACUAUGCUGAACCUCUCUCUCCUCACACUGAAGAGGCAGGAGUUGAUUUUAUAGUGAUGCAUGGAUCCUCUGACCUUGAGUAUCAAUCCAUUUGGAAUAGGGAAAAGGAAAAAGAGGAUCAGAACAUAGUCAGAACUUGGCCCGCUGAAGAGACAACCCUUAUGGAAUCUAACACUGUGCCAUCGGAUGGUCAAAAACUCUGCAGCCCUUCAGUGAGCUAUGGAAAUGCACAAUCUACUUGUUCAAUGACAGAGGCACAUUCAGAUUUCUCAGUGAAUGAUGAAAAUGAUGGAAAUCUUGAAAUGUCUAAUGAAAAAGAGGAACCUCUCCCAGAUCACCCUUACAGUCACAUGAAUGAAUUGAAGGAAGGACACCUAGAAACCACAGAGAAUUAUGAAGAAUUUGUUGAAAAUGAAGACUUGGAAUGCAAGACAUUCACAAACAGUCAAGAAUCUGAGUGUGGGGUGGGGAGAGGUGUUUACAACAAUCCAGAAGAGUUAAAACAAGAGAAGGAUAUUUCAUAUAAAUCUACUCAACCCUCCCUCUGCUCGGAAGAUGCGUUUCACCAUGUUAGAAGACUGGAGGAAGGUGUUGUAAGUCUCAUCAAAGAUAAUGACGAAAAGGAUAUCUCUAACAAAUAUGAGAUUCAACUGGAAGAUGAAUUGCAACCCCAUGGAUAUUUGAAGGAUGAAAAGUUGAAAAGAUUGGAAGGAUUAAAUGAGGAAAAUGAUAUGACAAAAGUCGUUGAUGAGUUCAGCCAGCUGGAGAAUAUCUCAUAUGAAUCUGCUCAAACUUCAAGCUGUUUAAAAGAGAUAUUUCCCCAAGCUGAAAGUGUAAAGGAAAGUGAUUUCAAUCUUUCCAUAAGGGAUGAAGAACAUGAUAUGACUAAUGAAAGCGAACAACCAGAUGAACUGAGGCCCUAUGGGAAUGUAACCACUGGAUGGGAAGAAGUGGGGUGCUUCAGCGAGAAAAACGUAAUGAGCGAAAGAAUGGAUGGUCGUGAAGAAGGAAAUGAUCUCCUGAAAGAGGAAGAGAUGUUAAUUCACAGAGAAUCCCAACCCAAUCAAACUGAGCAAAAUAUACCAGCUAAUGGACAGAAACUCAAUGCAGAUGAGGAAGAACACCUACUCUCAGGUGGAGAAAAAUGUAAUCUAUCUGACCAAGAGAAUGUACUCUCAGGUGGAGAAAAAUGUAAUCUAUCUGACCAAGAGAAUGUAAUCUCAGGUGGAGAAAAAUGUAAUCUAUCUGAACAAGAGAAUGUACUCUCAGGUGGAGAAAAAUGUAAUCUAUCUGACCAAGAGAAUGUACUCUCAGGUGGAGAAAAAUGUAAUCUAUCUGAACAAGAGAAUGUACUCUCAGGUGGAGAAAAAUGUAAUCUAUCUGAACAAGAGAAUGUACUCUCAGGUGGAGAAAAAUGUAAUCUAUCUGAACAAGAGAAUGUACUCUCAGGUGGAGAAAAAUGUAAUCUAUCUGACCAAGAGAAUGUACUCUCAGGUGGAGAAAAUCUUAAGGUAUCUGAACAAGAGCAAAUUGGUGAAAAACUGAAUCUAUCCGACAAUGACAAAGAGCAUGAAGAUGACACUCCCAGUACAUCUAUUUCGGGGAGGGCUGAGCUAAUAGGCAACAGCUACGCUCAGGAAAACACACUGGCUGACACACGUCCCCUAAUCCGGUACAAGAGCGACGAGACAGAUGCCAAUACUCAGGCCUCAUACAUGGGAGAAAGUGAUGCCAGUGAUGGAGAAGAGGACAAGGAGGUUGGACAGACAGGAUUAUGCACCUUGGGUGAAGGUAAAUCCAAACGGUUUGAUACAAUGGAAGACCUGUAUGAAGAGUCCGAAGGCCAUGCCAUGGAUCAGGAAGGUAAGAUGGGCUCCACACAAACAGAGGACACGGAUGGUAGCCAAGCAAUGGGGUAUGGCACAUUAGGGAACAAUGACAAACAUGCUGAAGAUUCAUGGAACCCGAAGGCAGAAGAGGAGCAAUUCUACGAAGAACUUGCAACCACUGGAGGGUACUCAAACAUUUACAGUGAUGAGGAUUAUAAUGAAGAGAAAAUUGAUAGAUUGGUGGAGCAGGAGUUAGAGAAUUUAUCUAUAUCCAGUUACAGUGAACAUUUUAUUGGGCCGAUGAGUAAGAGCGGGUCAGCAUUAAGCCUUCAGGCAAAAGACAUGAGCAGUGAAGAGGUGGAGCAGAUACACUCAGUAAACCUGAAUCAAUCUGGACAAAUACCUCUAAGGGAAGAAAAACUAAAUGAAUCUCAGCUAGACCAUAUACCUUCAAGCGGCGAUGAACUGAAUCUAUCAGAGUCAGAGGAAAUACCUUCAGGUAGAGAGACACUGAGUCAAUCUGAGCAGGAGUAUAAACCUUCAGAGACUAUGUCUUCGCUGCACUCCAGGAUUCUAAUGACAUCUGAAAACACAUCUCUUAGAGGCCAUGCAGUCAAAAUGUCCCAAGCAGAAUACUUGACUCCAGAUGUUUUUAGUACAGAACUGGGAUCUGACACCGACGAACAAGAAAAAGAGAAUGACCAGGAACUGUCUGCGCUGAAUGAUGUGAAUCAAACUAAAGAUCAUUCCAACCAUAGCAAAGUGAACAGCAGGCCUGGGAUUCCAACCGAUAUGAACAAAUCUGAUAUUGAGUCCAACAGCUCAGAUGAUGACUCGCCAAAUGCUAGCCAGUAUUUGGAACCUGUCACUAGAGCAAAUGUAACGAGAGAUCAGGAAGACUUGUUAGAUGUGGCUAUCUCUCAGGAAAGGCAUUCCUCUGUGGAUUGCUCUUCUCUUCUGCAACAUUCUACUGGGGAGGUCACAAAUGAGGAAACAACCCAUGAAGAUCUUCAGGCAGACAAAGCGGAAGUCUUCAAAAGUCCAAAUAAACACCCAGAGUCUGAAGCCUUGGCUAACAACGUUGUCGGGGGGGAUCUGGAGAAUCCGCAGAUGGCCAAUUGGAACACAAAUAUGGAGGGUGACACAACUAAAGCUUCCUCCAUCGAAGACGAUGAGAAAUGAAGGCCCCAACAGGUGAUGCAGCCUUUGUGUUCAGAUACGGUGGAAUGUGUAAAUGUUGCUUCUGAAGACGUGGGAGAAUCCUGGUCAUUGGGGGACGAAUAGGAACAAUUUCUAAAAGGAGUAAUGUUUCUACAAGAAGUAAAAUAGACGAUCAAUCACUGAGAGUGUAAAACUACAGAUAACGUUUUUCAAUUUGAGCAUUGAUUUACAAUCCUUUCCCUAACAUGAACGUGCCAUAUUCAUGUAAUAUCACAUAAAAUCUUGAACAUUUAUUAAGUAAUCAUCCAAGCAGAAUUAGUUUUUUUUGCUAGAAAAUCAAAGUGGUGCCUUUGGGGCACACCUUGCUGAUAUUAACCACCAGUGUGCCUACUCCAUCUGAGGACAGGGACCUGUUUGAAAGAUUUACAUCUCGAUUAUUAUGUUUUUUUCUUCUUCUAAAUGAAUUGGAGAGGCCAUAACUGAAACUGUACUUCAUUUGAUUGUACUGAUAAAUCCAAAGCCAAAACAUGCAAAAUGUUCUAAAGGAGAACCAUGUGUUUUUCUAGUGUCAACUUUUAGCUUAACAUCUUAGUUCAUUUCCUAAAGACAUUUUUGUAUAGAGUAGAUGUUUUGUUUUAACAAUGUUUUUGCAUAAACGUUUAAUUAUUAUUCUUCACACUACAAGGUUUGAUAUCCAAAUAGUUUUGCAUACAUCUGAAAACAUUUCAAACACUGUUUCACAAAGUAUGGCUGACAUUAUUAGUGUAUGUGCGAUAUCAGUCCACAACCCUCCCUGUGCACUGAUGGGUAUUUGUUACAAUAAAGCAACCUGAAUUUGUGUUCUUCGGGCUAGAAUUGCAAAACAAACUUAAAAUGUAGUAAAUAGGCAUAAUGAAGCAUGACAAAUAUGUUAACAAUUGUAUUUCAAACUUCUUCUGACUUAUUUUAUGCAUGCUGCCAUUAACUCCACAGUGAAACAUAUACAUUUUGUAAAGCUUUUAUGAAAUGUAAUGAGGAAAAACUAAUAAAAAUGGAAACAAAUAAACACAA